GUAAAAUAUUUAUGAAAGGAGCAAUGGAUGAUACUUAAGAAAAAUAGUAAGGAGACCCAGAAUUAAAUAAUGAAGAAAAACACAUUUUAGAAUAAAAAUGUAUAAUGCAUUUAAAAUAUUGAUAAGAGCAAAUAUUGAAUAACAGUGGUGUAUUAGCUGCUUAUGAAUAUUUUUUGAGAAGACUUUGUAAAGAUGGAUUUCCAAGUGGAAAUGUUUAUGAAUAUGCAGCUUAAGCUGUUUUAAAAUAUGAAAAAAAGAAAUAAGCAGAACAGUUUCGACAACAGACAAUGGCAAAAUCUUUAGCAGAACUCUAAUUAAGUAGGAUAUUAUAUAAUAAAUUAAGAUGAAAAACUUAAGGCUUAGAUUCAAGCUAGUAAAAAUGAUGGUAAAGCUGAUCAAAAAAACGAUAAAAAUGAUAAAAAUAAAUCACCUCAAAAGGGUAAUAAAGAUUAAAAGGAAAAAAAUCCAAAAGAUCAAAAUUAAGGGAAAAACGAUAAGAAAGACACAAAAGCAUAAGGUAUUUUAUUAUUAUUAACUUUAUAAAGAGAAAACAGAUCCUAAAUAAAAAAAGAAAUGAG